GCCGAUGUUUGGUCAAAGUCAUCAUCUUCAUGAUCGCUUCGAUCUUUCACAAUCUCCUAGUGAAAUAAGCCAAGAUGUCUGUUGAUCCAAUGACGUAUGAGGCCCAGUUCUUUGGCUUCACACCCCAAACUUGUAUGCUUAGGAUCUACAUUGCAUUUCAAGACUACCUGUUUGAAGUGAUGCAGGCUAUUGAACAGGUUAUUUUGAAGAAGCUGGACGGCAUCCCAGACUGUGAAGUUAGCCCAGUCCAGAUUCGUAAAUGCACAGAGAAGUUUCUACGCUUCAUGAAGGGACGUUCUGAUAACCUUUUUGGCAAAAUGGAGCAGCUGUUUUUGCAGUUGAUUUUGCGUAUUCCCCCAAACAUCUUGCUUCCUGAAGAUAAAUCCAGUGAGGAAGAAUUCCAACUUCUCCAAAAAGAAAUCAAACAGUUACAAGAUAAGUAUAAGAUUGAAUUGUGCACUAAUCAGGCUCUUCUUGCAGAAUUAGAAGAGCAAAAAAUUGUUCAGGACAAACUCAAACAGACAUUGACUUUGUUCGAUGAGCUUGAAAAUGUUGCCAGAGAUCAUGGGACUAGUGAUAGUAGAGAGAGUUUGGUGUUUCUGGUCCAGAAUUCUAGAAAACUACAAAAUAUUCAAGACAGUGUAGAAAGGGAAGGCAAAAAACUGAAAAUAUCUUAA